GAUUGGGCAUAGACAUAACGAUAUGUAGAUACCUACACUAGAUUUUCAAGCAUCGCUAAAACGACGAAAACAACGGGUUAGUGUGUAUGGAAGUGCGUUUGACCGAUUGCGCCGCAGUUUAUAUACCCGGUGUGGCGUGUGAUGAGGAAUGAAUGUGAAUAAAACCUUUAUACUUAAUCGUUAAAUACGGGGAUCAAGUUUAUAAUAAUCGUACCAAAAAGCAACAUCAGAAUGGCAACUUUGGAGCAACAAGCUUCCAAGCUUUUGGAUUUUAAUCAAAAGUUAGACAUCAACCUGCUUGACAAUAUAGUUGGAUGUUUGUAUUCCACUGUCGGCGAUCAACAGCGUAUUGCUCAGGAUAUCCUAACAGCCUUAAAAGAACACCCCGAUGCUUGGACUAGGGUGGACACAAUUUUAGAAUUCUCUCAGAAUCAGGAAACUAAAUACUAUGCUUUACAGAUUUUGGAACAAGUAAUACAAACAAGAUGGAAAAUAUUACCAAGAAAUCAAUGUGAAGGUAUAAAAAAAUACAUUGUUGGUCUUAUUAUUAAAAACUCAUCAGAUCCGGUUACUAUGGAAAACAAUAAGGUGUACUUGAAAAAACUUAAUAUGAUAUUAAUUCAGGUAUUGAAAAGAGAGUGGCCACAUAAUUGGGAAACAUUUAUCAGUGACAUUGUUGGAGCAUCAAAAACUAAUGAGAGUCUUUGCCAAAAUAAUAUGGUGAUUCUUAAACUUCUAAGUGAGGAAGUAUUUGUUUUCAGUACAGGUCAACUUACACAAACAAAAGCUAAACAUUUGAAGGAUACCAUGUGUUCUGAAUUCAGUCAAAUUUUUCAACUUUGUCAGUUUGUCCUUGAAAACUCCCAAAAUGCUCCAUUAGUUGAUGCAACUCUUCACACCCUUUUAAGAUUUCUAAAUUGGAUUCCUUUGGGUUACAUUUUUGAAAUGAAAUUGAUAAGUACUCUCAUUUUUAAGUUCCUUAAUGUUCCAAUGUUCCGAAAUGUUACAUUAAGUUGUUUAACUGAAAUUGCUGGUGUAACAGUGAGUAAUUAUGAGGACCAAUUUGUUGCCCUUCUUGUGCAAACUAUGGAGCAGUUGGAGGUUAUGUUGCCUCUUACCACAAACAUAAGAGAAGCCUAUGCAGCUGGAAGGGAUCAAGAACAGGUUUUCAUUCAAAACCUUGCAUUGUUCCUUUGUACAUAUUUAAAAGAACAUGGUCAAUUGAUAGAGAGACGUGGUUUAACAAACACCUUGAUGAAUGCACUUCGUUAUUUGGUUUUAAUAUCAGAAGUCGAAGAGGUAGAAAUUUUCAAGAUCUGUUUAGAGUUUUGGAAUGCAUUAGCUGCUGACCUUUACAAAAUAGCACCUUGUGCACAUUCAGCAGGCCUUUAUAGCGGCUUAGGUAAGAGUAUUGGGAGGAAAGCAUUGUAUGCAGAUGUACUUAGUAGCGUACGGUACAUUAUGAUAUCUAGGAUGGCUAAACCCGAAGAAGUUUUGGUUGUAGAAAAUGAAAAUGGGGAAGUUGUUAGAGAAUUCAUGAAAGAUACUGAUUCAAUCAACCUUUAUAAAAACAUGCGAGAGACAUUGGUUUAUUUAACUCAUUUGGAUUAUAGUGAUACAGAACGUAUAAUGACUGAUAAGUUACAAAAUCAAGUUAAUGGUUCUGAGUGGUCUUGGAAAAAUUUGAAUACACUUUGUUGGGCUAUAGGAUCUAUUUCGGGAGCUAUGAUGGAAGAGGAUGAAAAAAGGUUUUUGGUUAUUGUCAUUAAGGAUCUGUUGGGUUUAUGUGAACAGAAGAAAGGCAAGGAUAAUAAAGCUAUUAUAGCUAGUAAUAUUAUGUAUGUAGUUGGGCAAUAUCCUCGCUUUUUAAGAGCGCAUUGGAAAUUUUUAAAAACUGUUGUUAACAAACUGUUUGAAUUCAUGCAUGAAACACAUGAUGGUGUCCAAGAUAUGGCUUGCGAUACUUUUAUUAAAAUUGCGUUAAAAUGUCGCCGCCACUUUGUUACUACACAAGUUGGUGAAGCUUGUCCUUUCAUUGAAGAAAUUUUGAAUACAAUAAGUUCUAUUAUCUGUGACUUACAAACACUACAAGUCCACACCUUUUAUGAAGCAGUUGGUUAUAUGAUAAGCGCACAAGUAGAUCAAGUGGCUCAGGAACAACUCAUUGAAAAGUACAUGUUGUUACCAAAUCUAGUCUGGGAUGACAUAAUAUCUCAGGCAUCUCAUAAUGUGGACAUUCUCAAGGCACCUGAAGCUGUUAAGCAACUUGUCAGCAUAUUAAAGACAAAUGUUAGUGCUUGUCGAGCACUUGGUCAUCCAUAUGUUGUGCAACUUGGAAGAAUAUAUUUAGACAUGUUAAAUGUUUACAAAGUCAUGUCUGAAAAUAUAAGUCAAGCAAUAUCUUUAAAUGGUGUUGCAGUCACAAAGCAACCACUCAUAAAAAAUAUGAGAAUAAUAAAGAAAGAAACCCUGAAGUUAAUUGCAUGUUGGGUAUCACGAUCUACCGAUAAUAGCAUGGUUUUGGAAAACUUCAUUCCUCCACUUCUUGAUGCCGUCCUGUUGGAUUACCAAAGAACAGCAGUUCCUGAUGCUCGAGAACCAGAAGUGUUGUCUUGUAUGGGUGCUAUUGUGUACAAACUUGGAGGACAUAUAACAUCAGAAGUACCAAAAAUAUUUGAUGCUGUCUUUGAGUGUACUCUUGAAAUGAUUAAUAAGGACUUUGAAGAAUACCCUGAACACAGGACAGAAUUUUUCCUUUUAUUACAGGCUGUAAACACUCAUUGUUUCAAAGCAUUCCUUAGCAUACCACCAGCACAGUUUAAGUUAGUGUUGGAUUCCAUAAUUUGGGCAUUUAAACAUACAAUGAGGAAUGUAGCAGAUACUGGUUUACAAAUAUUGUACAGAAUGUUACAUAAUGUGGAACAGCAUCCUCAGGCAGCACAGAGUUUCUACCAGACAUACUUAUGUGAUAUACUUGAACAUGUCUUCAGUGUAGUCACUGACACGUCUCAUGGAGCAGGUUUAACAAUGCAUGCUACUAUAUUAGCACAUAUAUUCACCUUAGUGGAGACUGGUCGUGUUACAGUGCCACUUGGACGUACACCUGAUAAUGUUCUUUAUAUUCAGGAAUAUGUGGCAAAUCUCCUCAAAACCGCAUUCCCACACUUGACUGAUAAUCAAGUAAAAAUAACUGUUCAGGGUCUGUUUAACCUGGAUCAGGAUAUCCCUGCAUUCAAGGAUCACCUAAGAGACUUUUUAGUUCAGAUAAGAGAAUACACAGGUGAAGAUGAUAGUGAUCUUUACCUAGAAGAACGACUUUUUGCCUUGCGUCAGGCCCAAGAGGAAAAGCGAAGGGUUCAACUGUCCGUUCCUGGUAUCAUAAAUCCUCACGAGCUCCCAGAAGAAAUGCAAGAUUAAUAAUUAGUUAUAUAAUUUAUGAUAACAGUUCACUAUUCAAAUCUGGUAUAUUGUAUGUAGGUUUAUGCAACAAUAUUUUACACAUAUUUAAUUUUUUUUUGUAAAUAUAAGUCAAUAUGGAAUGUGUAUGGACAUCACACAAAUGUGAAUAAACAUUUGAUAAUUCAAAAAAAAUUAUAUUUAAUAUAUUAUUUGCGUUUUACAUUAGCAGUAUGGGCAUGGAAAUUAAAUAAGCUUUUUAUUGUACUAGUGAACUGUUGUCAUGACUGCUAUAAAACUUGUGCUCAGUUUAAAUAUUACCUUGUUUUGUUAGUUUGUACAAAGGGUCGUCUGGUAAAUGUUAGAUGAUGUAUGCAAGUGAUAAGGUUGAAUUUACAAACCUUUCUAGAUAAGGUAUAUUUUUCGAGCACAAGGAAUAAUUAUUAGAGUAUGGCCUUUUUUAUCUGUAAGAAGGAAAUCAUGCAACACUUUACAUUGCUAGCAAAUAAAACCCUGCAAUAGAAUAUUCAUUUUUCACUUAACCUGGUAGGUAAUAAAAUCUCUGUGAUGAAAUCCAGUGUCGGAUGUUCAACAUGUGCGCUAUGGAAUCUAAGUAUUAUGAGUAGAUUCUAGGGAAACUUUAUAAAGUAAAUUGCUGUUAGUAACUUUAUGUUUUGUUUAAUGUUGUCAGAACUAACUUCUUAAUGGUUUGGGAAUCUGAAACUUCUGACUAGGUUUCCGAAUUCAUUUUGGGCCUGAUUAACUGUGAAGUCUUUCAAUUUUGUGUUUGAAAUAAACAGAUAAAUGUAACCAG